UUAAAAGUUAGGCAAGCACAUAUACCAAACCCUCUCUCUAUUUCUAAUGGGAAUAAUACAUUUAACCCCUUUGCUUAUUAAUAUUACCAUACCAUGCACAUGCUUCCCUAUCUACACACUGCUACCAACUCUGAUUUUAUGAUCUGUACUCAUUUGUUUUGUCUAUCUCGUAUUACCCUGAAUCCAAUAAUUACGAUUUUAUCACAACUUUAAUUAUUUCAUUCUCUCUCUGUAUAUAUAUAUUGGCCUUGAUUUCUCAGUAUUAGAGAUACGUAUGGAAAGCAAAAGCAUCGAAUGCCGAGAUCCAGAGUUAGAAGAGAGUUUCUCAUUUUCCACCUGCUACGACUUCAAUUCCUCUUCUUCUUCUCUUGCUAUUUUCUCCGAUAACGAUGACGAUUAUAUUGAAAUAGCACUUCAACCACCGGAUCUCCACCUAAAUAAUGGUGCCGACGACGAGGAAAUGGAGCUGCGCAUUUCGUUUUCGACAUCCUGCGUUCCUCUUUCCGACGAAACGAAAACGACGAUGGAAUUGUAUGAGUCGACUGUGACUUCUUGUAAAUCGUCUUUGUCGUCGUCGUCGUCGUCUUCCUCAUCGUCGACGUUCACUUUCAGCUCAUCAUCGGCGGAGAGUCAACGGAAGUCGCCGGAAAAGUAUUCCAAGCCUAUUGAAAGUAAGGAUGUUAACCGCUUCGUCAAUAAAUUCAUUUCCAGUCUCAAGGUAUCGGCGUCGGAAUUUGAUGUUGGAAAUGGCCGUUCAACGGACACUAGUCACUCGGAGCUCGUACCAAGCAGCAGUGACAGGAGAAAAGCAUCAAAGCUAACAACAACGAAAACAAGCAACAGCUUCGUGAUGAAAUUUUUUAUAAAAUUUCGAACCUUAAAGCUCAAGACAUUACUAGCAUCAUUUCUGACAGCCUCGCAAGACAAGGGAAAAUUAUGUGAAGAAAAUUUCUUGACAUAUAAUACCAGAACCCUAACCAAGUCAUCGGAGAAAGAAUCGUCAACGGAAAAUAUCAAGCAAGGAGAUAAAAAAUCCAAACUCUUAGAAUUGAACUUCGAUGCAAUUAGAGGAGUAUUAUUAGAAGCCAUGAGUAUUACAACAAGCCUUGGUCGUAGAGAUAGAAGAAGCACAAAGAGUUGCCCUGUUUCUAGCAAGUCCUCUCCAAUUCACCAAACAUUUCUCCAUGAUAAUUUUAAAGUCUCUACUGCUGAUAACUCUGUUCAAGCUGCUAUUGCUCAUUGUAAAAGAUCAUUUGGUCCAAAUAUUUGAUAUUAUUUAUUUUUUUACCUCACAUUCAUCCUUUUCGAGCAGAAUUCAUAAUGAUUAAUAUAUUAGUAAUAGAUGAGAUAUGAAAGUAAUAAGAUUGAAAGAGGUAGUGAAUGAAAAUGCUAUUUUGUAAA